AUGGAGGGCCUUACGAGAAGACAGAAGUUACUACAAGUUCGAAUAGAUUUGAAGGAUAAAGAAGCAGAAGGCACAUGGGACGCAUGGGAUAUGAAAAGCAAACGGGAGGAAACAGAUGAAGCCCUCAAAGCCUGGAAGCUCCAACAAGAGGAAGAUGUUGAUAAAGGCGAAGUAUCAGAUAGGAACCGGGAACAAGCUGAGGCCGUCAAUGGAAAAUGGGCUUAUCGUAGAAAAGAAAGCGACAAGUUCAAUAGACUCGCGAAAAAAUGGACACGAAGCUGGAGAGGUAGAAAGGGGCGAUAG